UUGGCAGAACGCUUUGCCACCAUAGUGAGCGCCAUAGUCACCGUAGCUGUUGGCGACUGUUUCCUGUCAACUAAGGACUUUAAUCUAUCCAUCCGUCCAAAUCAACAUCGGACCAAACAUUACUGCGUAGCAGUCCGAGUUGCCACAGCUCAUAUCACUACAUCAAGUGAAAAGGUAGUGGAGUGCAAGAUGAAGAUAAGAAAACUGAGUCAAAGGAAAUAUAAAGUACUAAAAGAGAGAGAGAGAGAGGAAGAAUGAGAAAAUGGUGUAAAUAUCUCUGUAUUUUACUUUGUGGUUAUUGGCCAUGCAGUCUGCAUCUGGGCCAGGUGCCACUAUUGUUCAUGUCUCUCCAAAAAGUCAUACUAUCUUACAACAAAACAACCAGCAUAUUCUGCUUAGUAAACUCGCUUCAGACUCUACUAAUAAUCGUCCUGCAACUAGUGGAGUUGAAGCCAGCUUGCUACAGACUACACAUUCAAACAACUCUCAAUCUAUCUAUCCUGCACACUAUAUUGAAGCUAUAGCUGAACAGACAGUUUAUCCUGGAAACGGAGAAAGCGGUGGGAUUGUCGAAAUUAAGUCUGGUACGCCUUUGCGAAAACUAUUUGCAUCAGUCACGAAAUCUGUGUCUGGACAGUAUCAAGAGUAUACUCCAAUUAUGUACGCUCCUAUUUCAGGUGGGCAAACAUACUAUCAUACAGCGAAUGGACAAGUCUUAGCUACUACUUUUGGUUCUACGGGUACAACUGGUCAUACUGGCAGUCUUCAUGCUGCUGCAACACAUACAAAUCUAAGUACUGGUCAUGCUCAACUAGUUACUCAUCAAGGUGCUACAUAUUUAGUUCAUGGUACUCAAUUAGACGAUGAUACUUCAGCUAUUUCGCAUACAGCAAAAGCUAGUCCUGUCACUGUACAAUGGCUUGUUGAUAAUUAUGAAACAGCCGAAGGUGUUAGUUUACCAAGAAGUACAUUAUAUUUUCAUUAUUUACAACAUUGUAAUGAACAUAAAUUGGAACCAAUGAAUCCAGCAUCAUUUGGUAAAUUAAUUCGUUCAGUAUUUUAUGGUCUUAGAACAAGACGUCUUGGUACACGUGGAAAUUCUAAAUAUCAUUAUUAUGGAAUACGAAUUAAGCCUAAUUCACCAUUAAAUCAUUUUAUUGAAGAUGCAGGUUUCUCUCUUCGACAUUAUCCAAAUUAUCAUCGUCAAACAAUGGAAGCUGCAGCAGAAUGGAAAAGUUUUACAAAUUCUUCAUCAUUGAAUCGUUUAAAAUCUUUAAGUGGAAAUAAUGCCAAUAGUAAUAAUAAUAAUAAUAAUAAUAAUAAUGAUACUAUUGGACAAAAUAAUCUAACAUCUCAAUUGAAUAAUAUUCAUUCUACAUCACAUAUCAAUAACUCUCAAUUAUCUCAUUACAACACUUCAAGUAUUCUACGUACAGAAAAAUCUUAUAUAAACAAUUCAUAUACAAGUGGAAAUAUUUUAUCUAGUUCUUCUGGUAGCCAAAAUACUGAAAAUAUAACUACAACACAAUCAUUAUGUAGUCCAGUAUUACUUUCUAGUGGUCAACAUCAUACACAAUUUCUUGGUGAGGCUAGUUCUGCACUACCAAAUUUAGAUGAAAUAUGUCGAUCAUCUGGUCUUCCAGUGCCUAGUGAAGUUGAUAUAACUGCAGAAAAUUCUUCUGGUAAAAAUCGUUUAAAGACAGAUUCAUCUACUGAUACAUUAAUGAAUGAAGAUGUAAUCACAUUCUGUCGAUUAUAUGCUCUAUCUGCUGGUUAUAUGCUUGAUGCUGUAAUAAAUUUAGAUUUUACUGCAAUUGAAACUGUAUGGAAAGCUUUUUGGUGCACAGAAGAAAUCAGAGAUUCUCGUUUAAAACAAAGUCUAUCUCAGGAACAAUUAUUUUCACUUGUAUCUGAUCCGGCUAUUUUACAAUUUGUUCGACUUUAUGAUCAUACUUUCUAUCAGUCAUUAGCUGAAGUUUUAAUUCCAAAUGUUCUACGACCUAUUCCUCCAAGUCUUACACAAACAAUUCGAAAUUUUGCUAAGUCUCUUGAAGGAUGGAUGCGUCAAGCUACUCAAGGUUUAGAUUCAGCUCUUGUGGGUUUAAAAGUCUCAGCAGUUUCAGCCCUAGCUCAAACACUAAGACGUUAUACUAGUCUAAAUCAUUUAGCACAAGCUGCUCGUGCUGUAUUAAAAAAUGUCAAUCAAAUUAAUCAAAUGUUAGCUGAUCUCAAUCGAGUUGACUUCAAUAAUGUACAUGAACAAGCUUCAUGGGUUUGUCAGUGUAGUGAUGCUACUGUAAGCCAAUUAGAGCAUGAUUUUAAAAGAAUAUUACAAAAGCAUGCUUCAUUAGAAGAAUGGGCUCAAUGGUUGGAUACAGUCGUGACGAGUAUAUUACAACCACUUGAAGGCAAUAGUUUAGCGUAUACUAGAGCUGCACAUCAAUUAGUAUUAAAAUGGUCUUUUUACAGUUCAAUGGUUAUACGAGAUUUAACAUUGAGAUCAGCUUCAAGUUUUGGAAGUUUUCAUCUAAUUCGUCUACUUUAUGAUGAGUAUAUAUUUUAUUUGGUAGAACACAAGGUUGCUGCACAUUUAGGUAUGACACCAGUUGCUGUAAUGGGUGAAAUGGGCAGGGAUAUUACUCAACAAUAUUUUGCUCAAACACGUUUACAUUGUGAUUUAAUUAAUCGACGUGAUCCUGUAAAAUCUUCAAAAAAGAAGGAUAAUAAUAAUGAUAAAAAUGAUGAUAAUGAUGAGGUUGAUAAGGAGCGAAACUUGAAGAUAAUAAAUAAAUCUGAAGAAAAUCAAUUAAAUAUAAACAAAUCAAUUAUUUCCCUACCUAUUGGAUCAUUAUCUAAUCAACAAUCGGAGAAAGACAAAAGUACACGUAGUUGUUCCCCUCCAUCUAUUCUAACUAUGCCUAAUCCUGUACGUAAAGUUGUUCGUGUAACUACAUUCUGUGAUUCCAGACAACAGAGUAUUAAUUCACCAUUAUCGAAUUCAUUUACAACUACUACUAAUACUACUACAAUUACUACACGUCCUAUUAGUUUAAAACAAGCAUCAUCAUCAUCAUCAUUCUCAUUGUCAGUAGUAUCUAUCAGUGGUUCCACUACAAUUACAACUAUUCCUAUUAGUCAUACUACUAAUUCAAAUGAAAUUAUUCCAUUAGAUGAUUCCACUUCUAAUAUAACCACACUACCAAGUAAUAGUAAUAGUAGUAGUAGUAGUAGUGGUAGUAGUAGUAGUUCAUCAUUAUUAGGAGCAACAACAAAAAUCACUGUCAUAUCUGAUACAUUAUAUGCUAAACGACCAAAAUUAUUAUAAUAAUUAUAAAAAUAACAUUGUUAUUCCCCUCACUUUUUCUUCAAUGGAAAUAAAUCCAAUAUUGUAUUUUUGAGAUGAAUAGGAAUUUUGUUAAUUUACAAGUAGUAUUCAUUAUGGAGUGAUAUCAGUUGGGAGGGGAGGGGGGCAACUAUUGAAAAUCUGGGAGCAUUGGAUAAUUGUUUCAUCCAACUAGUAUGUGAUCCCGGCAGGGAUCGAACCCGUGCGCGGGGUUGUGGGUGCGCACUGCUGAGGGAGUCACAUACUAGUUGGACGAAACAGUUAUCCAAUGCUCCCAGAUUUUCAAUAGUUCCCCCCCUCCCCCAACUUAUAUCAGUCCAUGAUGAAUACUACUUCUAAAUCCAGUGUUGUUAAUCUAUUUGUGUGCAUUAUAUUAUAUAAUUAUGUGUGUCUAUGUGUGUGAUGCUACUUGUUUGUAAUGGAUCAUAUUAUAUUAUUAUUAUUAUGAUUGUUGUUGUCUUUUUGCACAUUUAAAUACCUUUACUUUUUGUUUCCUUCCUUUUUUUGCAUUUGUAGACUUUAAAAGUGAUUUUUUUCCCUGUAAUUUGCCUCUUCAAUUUGUAUAUUUUUAUUACAAAUAAUCUUAUCAAGUCAUAUAUAUAUAGUAUCCUAUUUGAUGUAUGUUAUCAGUAUAAAUCUGUAUGAGAAGUUGAAUGUGUACGUGCAUGCUUGUGUGUGUGUGCGUGUGUGUGCAUAUGACCUAUCCAUGACCUUUCUAAUUUAUACUUAGUCACUGUUAUGUUUACUCUUGAAGUGGAUAAAUUGACUCAUGUUGAUCUAGAGUGUUUCUCUCUCUCUCUCUCUCGCUGUUGACCUAUAUCAUAUAUAUAUA